AUGGAUCAAUCACAGAAACGAGCCCUUGGGGCUAUACAGCCAUUCAUCCACUUAGCGAACUCGUCUACCUCUCACAGCCCUCGAUUCAUUGCAAAUAUCAUUACGAAUGCUACCUCUGCUGCAAACACAUUCAUUUUCGCCGAGUUGCUUGAGACUCCAGCCGUCAAAUCACUGGCAAACCCGGACACACCAGAUGAAUACCGCUCGUACUUAAAGUUACUGGAGAUAUUUGCUUGGGGAUCAUGGGAAGAAUACCACGCGACUCCCAAUCUCCCCGCUCUGAGUGAGCCUCAAGCCCUCAAGCUCCGCCUUCUAUCUCUCCUCACCCUUUCCACGACCCAUAAUCCGCUUACAUACCCCAUCGUAAUGCAAUCACUUUCUCUCAAAGAUCAUGUGGAGCUCGAAUCACUUGUGACAACGGCGAUUUACUCAUCUCUCAUCUCUGCUCGUCUAUCUCCGACAACAACCCCACCAACCAUAAACGUCACUUCGGUAGCCCCUCUACGUGACGUCCGUCUUCAAGCAGUCGACGGAAUGAUAACGACCCUCGCAGAAUGGGAAGGGCGAUGCCAGGAUGUUGUCGAGGGAAUCGAAGCAGAAAUAAACACAAUAAAGGCUGACGCAGCAAGGAAACGGGCAAUGGAGAAAGAUCGAGCCUAUCGCUUUGAGAAGAGCGUCGGCGGAUGGAAUGGAGAUCAGGAUGGAGGGGAUGGAUCCAGUAGCUCCAAGGAUUCACGGUCCUGGGGGUCAUCUAGUAAGGAGACUUCACUCGGUGGUAGUGCGGCUAACGCUGCGAGACGGCUUUUCGGAGGCGGAAGUUCGUCAAAGGGCAAUAAGCGGGAGUUCAAUGCAACAGGAAGUUAUUCGAAUAACAGACAGCCAAACAUGGAGAUAGACCCUACUAUGCAUUCGAGGUCGAUGAAGGCUAAAAUCGAAGCGCAAAACGUUUGCUAG